UCCAGAUCCUUCUGCGAUCUGCAAGCACAUAUCAAUGUCUUCACCGUCUGUUUUCAUCUUUCGUCCGAAGAAAAGAAUAGAUUCGUUCAAAGUCGAUGAAGUGAGGGAUGGAGACACCUGAUUUUCGCGCGAUAACAAAGACGGAGGUGAAAGAGAAGAAGGAAGAGAAGGAGGAGGAGAAGGAGAAGGGGGAGAAGGGGAUGAAAGAGAAGGAGAGGGAGAAGAAGAAGCGGGCUAGGAAGCCGAAGGUUAGGACCGGAUGUAUAACGUGUAAGGUGUGGAGAGUGAAGUGUGAUGAGAAUCGGCCGGAGUGUAAUCGGUGUAUCAAAUUCGGAAUAAAGUGUGAUGGAUUCCUUGUCAUUCCUCCACCAAGGGAACAGAGCCGGCCACGCAGGAUCUCGAGUCGACCGCUCGUUCCGUAUGGGCAUUUUCUGAACGAUGUCACAAUGCCGCUGAGAGAAGUGAAUGCGUCGAGGUUUCAGAGCCAGGAGGAGCAUCGCUUCUUCCAGCUCUACGUCACGAAGACGGCGGAGCAUCUGAGUGGUUUCUAUAGUCCUACUUUGUGGAAACAGAUUGUGCUGCAAGCUUCAGAGGCCGAUGAGUCGAUUCGACAUGCUGUCAUCUCUAUCGGCGCUUUGGACAUGACUGCCGUCUCUGGCCGCAAACGCACCAAUUCAAAACUUUCCAAAGAAAUUGAGGAUCACCAUGUCUUUGCGCUCAGCCAGUACAGCAAGGCGAUUAAUUGUCUUCGGCAAAAGGUAUUUAGUACGAACUAUGAUUUGCGGACUGCGCUGGUAGCGAGUCUACUUAUUGUGUGUUUCGAGACGUACCACGGGAACUACGAGUCUGCGAACCGGCAGACGAGGACAGCUGUCAACUUGAUUGCAUCGCAUCGCGAGGCGCUUCCGCAUUCUAGCCGCAACAUGAAGAGCGAGAUCGAGGACGAUCUACGCGCCGCAUUCGAUCGGUUGGAUAUCCAGUCGAUGUCCCAGACUGAUAUGUACACGUUGCCUGAACAUCUAAAGAUGCUGGACUGCAAUGCGGACUUGCUGGAAACGAUGCCGGCAGUGUUUGAGGAUGUCACGACGACGAGGAGGUACUUUAAUUUGGUGUGCAGACAGACGAUGCAUUUUGCGUGUGCGUGUUGGACGGUGCACACUGCCCUUCUCACCCCCCCGCCGCCUUUCUCUCACCCCACCCUCUGCUCAGCGACUCCGAGUAAGCCGUCGUUGAGCUACUUCGACGCGGCAGUCCCUUACACAGCCGAGUUCCUGAAACUGGGCAGGCAGAAGUUCGAGCAGGCGGAACGAUGGAUGAAGGCUUUUCGCCCGCUGUUUGAUGAGAAGCGCAAAGUGAGGGGGAGUAAGGAGUGUCUUGCUGUCUCGGCGCAGCGGAUGCAGUACCUGGUUACGUAUAUUGCACUGAGUUCAAUGGGUACCAUGAUCGAGACAAGUUACGACAAGUACCAUGAUUUGUUUCGGGAAAUCGUGGAUCUUGGUCAAGACAUGUGCUUCCCGUCUCACCAUUUGGAUGUGGAGGGGAAAGGAGAGGGUGUUGGAGACGAAGGAUCGCAGGAAAUGUUCCUCUUUGAUCUGCAGUCCGUGAUGCCGCUUGAUUUUGUAGCGAAGAAGUGUCGGGAUCCGGCAUUGAGGAGGACGGCCAUUUGGCAUAUGAAGGCGAGGCCGAGGAGGGAGACUUUUUGGGAUAGUUUUGUUGCGGCGACGGUUUGUGAGUGGGUUGUUGCGGUUGAGGAGGAGGGAAUGGUUGGUGGACUUGUGCGGGAAGAGAACAGGGCGCGGGAUAUUGGUGUGAGACUUGAGCUUGAGAGUGUGGAUAAAGUGAGGAAGGCGAAAGUCUGGUGUACGCUUGGUACUGGCGCGAGGAGGGAAGGGGUUGUUGAGUGGUGAGGCAGAUGGUGAAGGGGCGGUUGUGUACAGCGUGGCGUUUGGGUUGGCUUGAAAAGAUGGGAAGUUGUUAGAUUGAGCAGAGUAAACAAAACCAAAUGCACUACAGGUGUUGCAACCAUGUGGAGACAGUUGACCUGAGUCGUUCUUUAGGAAGUUGGAAAUUCGACCCCUAUUGGCCGCCAGCACCCUUGGAGACUGAGUCUGUGAGAGCUGGUGGAGUGGAUAUUGUGAUUACGUUGAUAUGGGCUUCGAAUUGAUAUGAGUAGGAACCCUCUGGGCGAUUAGAAGACCAGGCUUGUUGAAGUUGUUGACAAAGAAAGAGAAUAAUUGAUAGUUUCUGGUGGGGUAGCUACGUCCGCUCUUGCUGACCCUGCCGGAUGCGCUUUAC